UCACGUAAUUUCCUCAGAAUGGCAUCAAACGUCUUUCGUGAAAUGCUUAACGCGCUGGGCAGCAACAAUACGGGAAUGUCUGCGGCCAACGGAGCAGGCGACCGAACAUCUGCAGCACGCGCUGCACAGCCAAACACAGUAUUACAGCGCAGACAGAGUAACUGAAGGCCAAAUGCUGCAGUUCAUCGUCAAAAAAAGGCGGCCGACAAAUCAUUACGAGUGCGCCUCGACAACGUAACUGCAACAACGCAAAAACCACCGCCGUACACGCACGUGCACACACUGAUGACUACAGCAGACGGCACCAGGAGCAAUCCACCAUAAGCGUGGUGACGACAGCUACGCUCGAUUUCGCAGGGAACAGUCUCCAUAAACAUUCCGUAUAUACUAUUCUACGAACCUGCCGACUCACAUUUCAAAUACUCGAGCAGAGCACAUCGGCUGACAGUUUCAAGUCGCCCUCACGUAGCAAGAGCAAGCGCGGCGCGGCAGCGGAGCCCCCCCCCCCCCCCCCCCCCCCCCACUGAUGUCACACGCGCGAGAGGGCGCCAUUCAAAGAUCUCGAGGCUAAUAUGUUCGUCGACAUGUAGGAAACCAAAAACACCGAGGAAGACACUUGCAGUACGAUGACUGAAUCUCGUUCAUACGGCGUAUCCCACACUGUCCUGUCGGUACAUGAAAGUGCGCAGAAAGCAAAGGAAAUUAAGAGAGCGAGAGAGAGAGAGAGAUGCUAAUGAAACCAUCAACAGACUGCGCUCGUUGAGGUGCCUGCAUAAAUGAUGACGAGACAGGCGGCCACGGCACAUCCCGCGAGACCAAAGUAUGCGUGCGACGUAAUAAUGACUCUAUUAUACCUCGGCCACGCCUCGUUGCCACCCGGUGUGCUCGCUGAUGGCCUCCCUCUUACCGCAGUCGUAGAAAAGCUGGCGAGUGCAGAGCCACAGCGCUGAGGAAACUGAAUGUUUUUUUUUUUGUACCGUCGUUUCAGACACCGGGGUAAACACCCGAGAGGUGCUUAGAAAUUACUGAGGCGCCGUGAGCAGGGAGUCCUCCUCAUGCUCCCUUAACUCGCAAUGGAACUGUUCCAGGGCAAGGACGUUGUUAAUUGCAGUGUCUUUCGUUAUACUUGAAGAACGAAAUGGAACAAGAAACCGUGCACGAGGCCCUGGUAAUAUGCGUGCGUUCGCCGAAGCUGCGCAACAACUGAGUUCACGGCCAUAUCUGCCAAAGGCAUGAUAACAGCGCGCGUCAAACAUUGCCAGUACUAAUGAUCACUUUAUCCAAACACGUGGCAAACACUGCAGUUCAGGCUAUUUGCCUUACGAAACACAAACACACUGCCUUCAAGGUGGACUUAAAGACACUCCGCUUUCAUUGCCGGUGAAUAGAACUGACUCGUUUUCAUCUGUGGUGGGGAAAAAAAAAACCAGGAAAGUGAUUUGUCAGCAGGUUACACUUGGACAACAAAUGGAUAAAGGUAACGCCGCAUUUAUUCGGAGACUUAAUGCCACUGAAAUAAAUAGAAUAUUCGAACGAAACUUGCAGAGUAUUUAUCGUGACCUUUCUCACUUACUAUUCCAGGUAGCCGUGCUGCGGAUCAUGAGGUGAACGAGGCCUCCCUUCCCAUUCACCUUGAAAACCUUCGCAGAAGAGCUCCCCGACCACUCCUCGAAUAAUAAUAAUUAAAAAGAAAAGUCGCAUCUGUACCGCUACACGAACCCCCGACCUGAAACAGUGCCAAAGAUAUACACGCAACAAAACACAAAACCAAAGUAAUGCGCCAAACGUGAGCAGGAAGAGCGAGAGCCACAAGAGCCGUAAUACCAGCACCGCCACACAGCAGCGCAGGGCAUGUCUCAGUCAACGAUCCAAACGAACGACCCGGGCGUCGUCGACCCUUGGGGACCUCAGGACACCGACGCACUCCUCGACAAGUCACCAGCCGCGGGGGCGACGUCGGCGGCCGAGGCGUCGCCGAGGAACGGGGACCACGGACGAACCGAGCAGCACCGUGAAAGCAACCACGUCCAGGACCAACAAGAAGGCAUCAGCAGCAGCAGCAGCAGUGAAGUGCCCGCGGGCAACUACCACCACCACCUACAACAGCAACAGCAGUCGCAGCAGCAGCGCACGGACGGUGCGCCCCGCCAGAGUCCCAAGCGGGUCUUCCGGGCGGACGACGACGACAGAGAGCGGCACCACGCGCCGGGACGCAGGCGGCACUUCCGCAGCGAGAGCUGCUCUCCGGAAGUGCCGAACCGCAGCAGCAACGGAACCGGAGCGAGCAGCGGCAACAUCGGCAGCAGCAGCAGCAACCCGCGCGACGACGACACCGCCACCUUCAAGAGCCCCACGCGGUCGCUCAUGGACAGCAGGGUGGGCUUCGUGGUGCCCAUGCGACCCAGGACUCGCAGCAACCCCAAGCCCCCGCCGAACAGGACGUCCAGGGAGAUCGACGCGGUCCGCGAGGUCGAUCAGACGACGACGUCGCCACCGGCCGCCGUCCGACAGCCGUCGUUCGCCGCCAGCAACAAGAGCUCCUCUCUGGAGAGUCCCUCCAGGGGACACCCGCAGCCGGCCGCGACGACCUCCAGGAGCCUGGAGGAGAAAAUGUCCUCCUCCUCGUCGCUGCCGCUGCAGCAGGCGACAGCAGCGCCGCUCGUCUCUCCUCCGCCGGACCCGGCGACGGCCAAGCUGGCCCAAGAGGUCAUCAGCAAGGACCACAAGAUCCUCUCGUCCAAAGAGCGCGAGGUGAUGCUCCGCGAGCUCUCGGGCCAGGCGGGCGGCAGCUUCUCCGCCCUGGAAGAGCCCGUGCCGGCGCCGAGGCCCACCACGCUCCGGCAGCGGCGCCUCAUGUUCUCGCACCUGACCGCGUCCGUAGACGUGGACACGCGCGAGAAGCCGUCGACGCCGCCGUGCCUGACCGCGGCGCUGGCUGGCAGCGAGGACAUGCUUUUGUCCGAGGUGUUCAGCAACUCGCAGCUCGCUUCCAGCCUCGAGCAACUCACGGGUGUCGCCAGAAAGACUCUCCGGAAGCGGGCGUUCGUACCGCCCCUACAGGCCAUCAGCGCCGCCACCGCCGGCAACGACAACGCCGCAGGUCCAUGGAGCUCGGAGGCCCUGGACGCGGAGCCCCCUCCGCCGAGCGCGGUCAAGGGCGUGGCGGCCGCUGGUCAGCGAAUGGCUAACGGGCGGGUGGCCAGCGGAACCCCCGACGCCUGCCCGGACGCGCACGUCAAGAUCUGCAUCGACACCAGCGAGCCCGGCACCGCCACGCCCAAGAACCAGGACGCCGUACAGUUUUUCCCGACGCCCUCCGCCGGCGAGCAGGUCCGCGCGGCGUCCGACGGCAGCGCUGCCGCAAACAACGCGGCGUCGGGUGGCCGCGCGGCGAAGGAGGGCGACGACGUGUCACUGUACGGCACCCCCAAGGAAGAGCUGGGGCCCGGCGGCGGCGCGGGCCUGUCCGAGGCCAAGGCGUCCUUCAUGCGCAACCAGCUGGAGGCCCUGUUCCAGCCAUCCGACAACAAGCUGGCCAUGAAGCUGUUCGGAUCCAAGAAGGCGCUCAUGAAAGAGCGCAUCCGGCAAAAGGCCGCCGGACAUUGGAUCAUUCACCCGUGCAGCAAUUUCAGGUUUUACUGGGACCUGUGCAUGUUACUGCUCCUGGUGGCGAACCUCAUCGUCCUACCAGUGGCAAUCUCGUUCUUCAACGACGACCUGUCGAUCCGGUGGAUAGCCUUCAACUGCCUCUCGGACACCAUCUUCCUGCUCGACAUUGUCGUCAACUUCCGAACGGGAAUCAUGCACCAGGACAACUCCGAGCAGGUGAUCCUGGAUCCCAAGCUGAUCGCGCACCACUACAUCCGCACCUGGUUCUUCCUGGACCUCAUCAGCUCGAUCCCUCUCGACUACAUAUUCCUCAUCUUCAUCCAGGACUACAGCGACAGCUUCCAGCUGUUGCACGCAGGUCGCGCUCUGCGCAUACUGCGUUUCGCCAAGAUGCUCAGCCUCCUCAGGCUACUCAGGCUGUCGAGGCUCGUCCGAUACGUCAGCCAAUGGGAAGAGGUCUACAUGCAUAGCUUGGCGACGCUAUCCAACAGUUCGGGGCUCUCGACCUGUAUGUUGAAAAGUUGUGGAGAGGGCUGUGCCAUCCAGUUCCUGAAUAUGGCGAGCGUGUUUAUGAAAAUCUUCAACCUGAUCUGCAUGAUGCUUCUUAUUGGUCACUGGAGCGGGUGCCUUCAGUUUCUCGUCCCCAUGCUGCAGGGGUUUCCUUCCAAUUCCUGGGUCGCCAUCAACGAACUUGAGACCAAGUACUGGUUCGAGCAGUACUCGUGGGCCCUGUUCAAGGCCAUGUCCCACAUGCUGUGCAUAGGCUACGGCCGCUUCCCGCCCCAGAGCCUCACGGAUAUGUGGCUCACGCUGCUCAGCAUGAUCAGCGGGGCCACCUGCUACGCACUAUUCCUCGGACACACCACCAACCUCAUACAGUCGCUAGACUCUUCGCGACGACAGUACCGAGAGAAGUUAAAACAAGUUGAAGAGUACAUGGCGUACCGAAAGCUUCCAAGAGACUUACGACAAGGAAUCACCGACUACUUCGAGCACCGGUACCAAGGGAAAUUCUUCGACGAAGAAGCUAUACUCGGGGAACUCUCCGAGCGGCUAAGAGAGGACGUAAUCAAUUACAACUGCCGGUCGCUCGUGGCGUCGGUACCGUUCUUUGCCAACGCGGACCCAAACUUCGUCAACGACGUCGUGACCAAACUCAAGUACGAGGUCUUCCAGCCAGGCGAUAUCAUCAUCAAGGAGGGGACACUCGGGACCAAGAUGUACUUCAUCCAGGAAGGCAUCGUGGACAUUGUGAUGAGCAACGGAGAGGUGGCCACCAGCCUCUCCGACGGGUCGUACUUUGGAGAGAUUUGCCUGCUGACCAACGCCCGGCGCGUGGCCAGCGUUCGGGCCGAGACCUACUGCAACCUCUUCUCCCUGUCCGUGGAACACUUCAACGCCGUGCUGGAUGUGUACCCUGUGAUGCGACGGACCAUGGAGUCCAUCGCCGCCGAGCGGCUCAACAAGAUCGGCAAGAACCCGGACAUCGUGUGCCAGCGCGAAGACCUGCGCGUCGACCUCAGCACAGUCACCGCCCUGCUCCGAUCCGCCCAGGCAGCCCACAACGACGACGAGGAGGAGGACGACGACGUAGACGGCGGCGAUAGCGGUGAUGCCAAGGGGGGCGGCCGCGCGCAGGGCGGCAACCGGAGGAAGUACAGCAACCUCCUGGGGGUCCACCGCAGCGGAGGAGGCACCACGAUACCGAGGCCCAAGUCCGAGAGCUGCUUCCACCGCAUGUUCGACAUGGCCAGCGGCGCAGCGGCCCAGACGGCCCUGCCGCGCUCGGGCACCUUCUACGAGAGCCUGACCGGCAUGGGUUCGCAGGGAAACCUGCAGGAAGACUAGGGGCCGCCGCCGCACGGGCCCUCGGACGACGCCGGCCGAGGAAGCUGCUGAACCGACCGCGAGACAGGUGUAGUCACAAACACUGGCCCAGCUCAGCUUCAUGCCGAACUAAUCGCAAGCGAGAUGCGUAACUAUACUAUAUGCAAGCGUCCACUUGGCGCAGCACAGCGACUAAGGUAAUACAAUAUGGCGAACUCUGAAUGAAAAGAAAGCAAAAUAUUGGCCAGCGGUUGCGCCGGCAGCAGUUUCAAAGCCUAUCAGACCAGGCCAAAAUGGUAAAACUCAAAUCGGGCGGGAUUUCCGCCCGGAGGCGCAGGUUGGGAGGACCAUGGGGUCACACGAUGGCAUUCUACGAUCAGCGAUCUCACAUACUGCACAGUAACACCGUGCGCCAGUGUAGUAUAGCUGUUCCGUGGCGACAGCCUUCUCGCUUCUGUUUCCUUGAUAUGGUUGUCUUCUCGACAGCAGCAUGUUGGGAAACGUAAACUUUGCUGCUCUGUCUCGAGGUGUCAAUCCGAAAGCAACUUUUCAGAGCUAUUUCAAGCGGUUCGGCAUAAGCGCGAGUAUCCGAAUUCGUAAAGGUAGGGGAUAAAAGAGAAUAUUUGAUCCUAAAAAUAAAAAGAAAGAAAAAAAAGCCUGGCCAAUCGACCGCGGUUUAGAUUCGUUGACAGCGCUUAGACAGCCUCGACAAAUGCUGUGCUUAAAAUUCACAUGCUUAGAUGCUCGCUACACUACAUCUUCCGGCAGCUUCCUCGUCCGGCAAAAUAACUCGCGCGGUCCGCGAACACUCGCGGUGCAUCCGAGAGACUGUAACGCACUAUUGUUUCGGCUCAGAAGCAAGAAUUUGCCACAAAAAAAUGUAGGUAAACCGCAGCGUUCACUGGGACACUGUUUAACGCUAUUCAAAGUCAGCCACUACAAGUUAACCGUGCUGAAAAUUAUCAAAGAAUAUUCAAAAUUAAAGGACACUUGACGCGAACUCGCACAGACUGUCCGCUGUUCAGUCUGUGUGGACAUGAGGUGAUAGUCUGCGCAAGUGUCCGUGCGCACGCGCAUUCUCGGUUCACAGCGCGCGUCCCUCGCAAAGAUCUACAACGUCUCUCGGUCGCACGACGUAGGCGUUCGCUUGGCCGCGCGGGCACAGUAUGCGGGACCAGCGUUAGCGCAUCUGGGAGCAAAGUGGCCUUAGAAGAAACGGGGCGAACCGUCACAGGGAUAAACACAGACAGACACACACCAUCUACACACAUAUCGCUCCACGCACGACUCGAAGGAAAAAAAAAAAGUCACACGACACCUUGCUCACAUUACCGAGACACGUCACAUGAUACCACCUCGUUGUAUGUCUGUUUCGUAUGCACAAUGUCAUGUUCCCUUCCUAAAGUUGACUGCAGGACGAUCUCAAGCCGUCCCCUCCCGAUGCCCAACCGAGAUCGACCGAAACGAUUUGUUUUUUUUCCUCGUCGAAGCAUGAUUCCCAUAAGUUACUCCGGAGAAAAACCAAAAGACACGCUUUCGCGAGGCUUGACUCGCGGAGCCAUUUCUGAGAGGCCAAGAAAACCCUUAACCGUUGAAAACCCAAGCCGCGAUCCGCGAUAAGUUGUUCUUGCUGUUCUAUAGAUGUUGUGUGUUUCCGAGACAACCACGUCAGCCCCCAGAGUUAUUUCCGGUGAAGGAAGCGAACGAAGUCAACACGCGAAAUCGGCGUACAGAGCGAAAUUCUAAGCUUUUACAGAACCAAUAUAUUUAAAAAAAAACGAUAAAGAAAACACUUCACGCCAACCCGACUUCGGUGUCUUUGAAGCGCACUGUCCCGUGUGAGCAUGAGCGGGAGCACGAUUCAUCCCGCGGCGUAUAACGCAUCUGGUGACCUAUGUUGCCAAAUAACGUGUCUUGGCUACGUUCGCCUAACUUCGUCGGAGAAUUCCAGAUCUCUACGUUGAUGACUGUUCAACCGUUAUCCCCUUCUCGAUGUUACUGGGCCCGAAAAGACAGAAAAGGAGGCAGACGCGAAGGAUGCUGCAUAUUCUAUAUGUUUUGAAGGCGUUAACAGAACCAGUUAGUGUACGCAUCAACAGCGCUGGUCAUGGCCCUCAUGACGAUCACUGAGAGGCCAUAUCUGUAAAAUGUAGUUCUGUGCCUGAGAAAGUGUCGUCGUUUUGACUGGUCGUAACUGCAGUGCAUGAAUAUACCUCAUGUUCACCGUGAUAGACGUACCCCUAUAAGGCCCAGAGGAUUGUUUGAUUACAUUGCUCGUGCACUGCACAGAAAUCAUCAAUAUAUAUUAGCUGAUCUCGCGCCCAGGGACGAAAAACGUAGAAAUGAUGAGCUACACAGUAAGUACGCGUGGGCUUGAGGGCUGGUGGUCAGUCCACUAGCCCAGACUUGUGGGCUGGUGUAGUAAUCUAGGAAAACUGUACGCAUGUACUAAGAAGGAAUAAAAAAAAAGAACACACUUAAAGCAGAUACAGAUUCGAAGCAACAAAAACUGCCAGUAAUUUUCUAUACUGGACAAAUGUUCUCUCUCUUUCGUUGAGCUCGGUAUGAGUCGGUGGUUGGAAACAAGCCACGUUGCUGGUGAAGUGAAAGUUGGACGAUGACGCUUCUCCGAAACCGCAGAGGCGCGGUUGGACAAAACAAAAAUGCAAAAACAGGGAAAUAUAUAGAAAAACAAACCGAUAACGUCGCAGUGCGCAUUCUGCCUUUUCCGAGACACGAUCGACGACUGCUGCUGCGUUCGAGGCAGGCUCGCUCCCUCGUGAAGGCCAGCCGAAACUCGUUACGCAGGCCCACCGCACAAACUAACGACGUGUUCACAAACGCGUGCGGAAAAAAGCAACGUUACGAGCGCUCAUAGCGCGGUCCGCAGGGUCUUGUGGUCGGCUGUGCUAUAACACGGUCACUGCUCAGGCAAGCUCUACGUAAACACGUUCCCGGACUCGCACAGGGGAUAAAUCAUACGCUUCUGCGGACGCAGCAAAACAAAAACUCUCCGGAAAAAAAAAAAGAAAAGAAAUACUCGGAAAGGCGUUCAUCGUCCGAACUUCCGCGUCAAACAUGAACUCACCUUCACACUCGAAAUCCCCUUUCCCGACAACCUUCUCCGUGAAUCGCCAUUGAGAACAUCGUAAACUGCAUGCAACUCUUUGACUAGGAGCAUGAUGUUCCCAGCCCCUAUGUAUAGCUCGUUUCACUUGGCGACCCUCUCGCCGCCACCGGAAGAGCAGUAUACGAAUCCCACCAUCUCAGUCGUCCAUCACACAUCGUCGCACGUUUGCUGUCACGCUUGUUUGCCUGCUCGCUGCAAAACAAGCACACGCGGGGCAGGGUCAGGGCACGGGUGCUAGAAGAACGCAACGUAGUGAUAACGCCUAUACAACCACAACGCAAUGGAACAAAAAUUGGGCUCCGCAUUUUUUGCCGACACGUGCAGCCUGCAGGGUGAAACCAUGCGCUUAUAACGAAAUACACAUCGGCGAGCGGCAAAUUUCCGCUCUCAGUAAUCGGAACGCGGGCAUCGACGGUGACACGUAAAUUUGAUAAAGCUGCUACCAUACGAGAUAAAAUUUCGCAACCUACACAAAGCAGGCGAAGAAGUAACCAAUCUUUUUUUUUCGUGUUCUUUUUUCUGCGUGGUUUCAUUUCGUUCAUUCUCAUACAUUAUCGAUUCGACGUCACUCGGAGACUCGGCUUAAGCCUUAGUUCAACGUCGGCCGCAGAAGGAACAAAAAUUAGUCAGGCCAGCCGCUCUCACCGAAACAACCUCAGUGAUCAGCGACUGCUUAGAUCACUCUUAACGAUGGGUGAAGGUCCUCAUUCUGGAAAAAAACAAAGAACUCGCUCGCACGCAGCAGUAGUAUUCAUCUAAAAUUAAGUGCAUUCGUUGUUUAUAGUCAUGCGUUGGCAUUUAUGCCGAGAUGUGGCGAAGUCGCAGACAGGUGUCGAAGGAUUAUUACACCGCGUUGCCGCUCAUUCGCUUGCAUUGCGAGGCGGUCGGUUAUUGCCCGCUUCACAUCAGGUGACUUUAGAAGGAGCUGUUCUUUUUUUAACGAAUAAGACGCGGCAGGCUGAGGAAUAAUCACGAACGUCUGGUGUGUGGCAAGGAGUAAGUGUUCGCGACAAUCACUCAUCGACGCAAAGUUGAUUUUUUUUUUUUUCGUUUUCUAUCUCCCAGCAAAUGACGCCGAACGACGGCUUGCACGAUAGGUUAUCGCGAAUCGUCAGUGGAUAUACUGAGCUUUCGACUGCAGCUUCCUAUAUAUAUAGCCCGAUAUCCGAAGCAGCUAGAAUGUGACCUCUUCUUUAUAUUUACAAGAAGCAAAACGGCGAAUGCGAAAUUAUGUAACUGAGUAUAAGAACCCCAAUUCCGCGGAAAUUGGUAUCACUGCGCAGUGCACAAGAACAAAAAAAAACAGAAGAAGAAGAAAGAAGAAGCAAGUGAGGACGAAGAGAAAAUGAUCUUACCCUUUCGCAAACGUUUAUUUUUUAUUUUUUACUGCGACAUAGUAUUCUUCGGGCACAACUUAGGUUCGCACUAAAAAUGUGCUUAAGCGACAUUAUUAAAAAAAAAAUCAAGUUUCCACCACUCCACCGCUUUGUCAGUCAGUUUCUUAAGCAGCCACAAGUCGCCGUAAAGCUCGAUGAUGUGACUUUAUAUAUCGCAAAAAAAAGGGAAGGCUUUCUAAUAAGUAAUAAGGGCUACACGCGCGCUUUGUACGGAACGUCCUCCUCGGACCACCAAUGUAUACUCCUUGCUUUCCUGCAGUGGUCUGAUGUCGAAGGCAAAGCAAGUUUUACAGGGGGAACAAAUAAGUUAGGGUUUGGGGGGCGAAAACACACGCUGUAUACCCUCACGAAAAUGCGUUUAGACAGUCUACGCAAAGUCUACGGAUGUUCUUUCUACACGAUAUCUAUAGAACGUCUAUAUGCAGUCCAUGGACUCGUCGCCUUAAACUUUUUGUUGGGCUAAUGUCCUUUAGGCUUACUGCUGACAGCCUCCUUGGAAGUCUCUCUGUAACACUAAUUGACGCUGCAAAAUAGAUGCGUUAACGACUGCUGGCCAGCUGGUCUACAAGCUUUUUAUUCAGUCAAAAGGACAAGUCUACAACGAGGCGAAGCAGUUCUACGAGCAGUCUGUAUAGACUGCCUAAAUUCACUUUUAUGAGGGCAUCGAAUGGACACGUAAACUGAGCACUCGCGCGCACGCAAGCGAGAGCAGUUCACGUACGAAAGCAAUACCGACAUCUUUUAAGAGUACAAGGUGUCCUCCUACGCGCAGUAUAGGUCGUGGAGCGCGGACGCACGGUAUAACGCCACCGUUGUAUAACCAACGCCGGACGUCGAAAUAAUCUUACGGGCGCAGUGAAAUCUUACACGAGAGAGGGCGCCUCACUCGUAUACCCCGCGCUGCCGAGAGGCGCUUCGUUGUUUCCGCUGCGCUGAGGCUUAUUUCUUUUUAUUACAAUGUUCGAUGCACAGGUGCACGCGGGCGGAUAUCUCGUCGCUGUACAUAGGUGUACAUAAUCGCAUAUACACAUGAUAUAUAAUUAUAUACAUAUAGGCCAGCCAAUCACACUCGUAUCUGUUGUUCGGUGCGCCACUAUUGUGCAGGCCCGCCUGUUUCCCGCGUUAGUUGAACACUGUUUGCAAAUUGCGCGUGUUAUUAUUAUUAUCAUUACUAUAUUGCUAUAUAUAUUAUGCACACAAGUACGCACACCCGCACACACACAGCGUUGGUCUUGUGAAAAAAAGCCUCCUCAAUCCCAGCGGUUGUUGUCGUUGUAUGCGGUCGACCCCAAACCCUACAUCACUUUCCCACCCCGACUCUGCAGCGCGCACUGUUGCUUCUUCCGCCGCGCUGGUGUUGGUUACUUUAUCGCUUUUUUUCUUUCUGUCUCGCUGACGUCAUAAGCAGGGUCAAAGCGAACGUGCUUAGGCGUUAACCACGCCGCAAUAUCGUAUUCGCGCGCGAGUGUAUACACAGAGUCGCGAUGAAUAUCCAAUCUUGAAAGUGUCGGUGAACGAGCAGUGACAGUGGCUUGAAUGACUGUACGCUAGGGUUUGUCGUCCUCAUCACUGAGCCUCGCUGGUGAUCACCAGCGCCUAAUCUCGCCGUUGAGCACCGUAAGCAUCAACGUUGAAUUGUUGACAUCGUUAGCGAUAUUUUUCUCCACCCUCAAUAUGGUGCCGAUUAUUUGUGCUGCAGUCAUCUGUCUAUGUCCAUAGACAAGAUAUACAUACACAGUCUACGAACAACAUCUUGUCUGUAAGAUCCAUCUUUGAGAUUACACAUGAAGUAUCUAUAGAAUUGUGUUUGAAUAAGUCUAUCUAUAAGAAAGGCAUACAUGCUGCGUCUGCGCACGUUUAAGAAUAAUUUCGUUCCCUGUGUUUUUGUUUGUAUUUUUUUUCGCCUAUAUGCAUAUUCUGUAGACAUUGUGUAGAUAACAGUUGAUUUGAUGCGCAGCCGUUAGUCUUAGGACUGCCCAAAGGCAGCUUAUAAACCUACUGCCGCACAAUAUACGGACUACGUAGAAUCUGUAGACUUUGCCCUUAUGUGCCCUUAAAUGUCCACGUAUUGCCAAUGUUCGAUAGCCGGUUUUUAUACACUGUGUGUAAAUAUUUAUAUCAUUUCUAUUGAUUGACUAAACAAUCCCUUUAACAGGCGUCUAUAGAACGUGUUAUCUAAAUCCAAGAGCUGCAUAUGCCCAAGCUCGGUUUUGCGUUUCAGUAAGUCUCGUUGAAUUCGUAACGGUGAAGUUCAUUUAAAAAAAAGAAAAAAAAAAGAAAAGGCUAUGCAGUCAGGCGGCUGUCACAACAAAGACAUACUGCCAAGUAGCGAACAUAUGAGGCAAUGUGGGCGUUUUGGUGAAAACGUGCGAAACCGAAUCAAGGUAAAAGCUCAAAUCAUUUCGGAACAGGGUGAGGCACCCCGCAUUUUUUUGACACCCGGCUUCCCUCUUUUUUUCCAUUUCCGGAUCAAUUCUAUUCGAUCUAUCAGUCGCUUUGUUUUCCUCCCGAUGGACUUCAAUAUCCGGUUUCCGCCUUCUCAGACCCUUUAUCUUUAUUGUGCUUUUUUUUUUACCUCUAAACGCACCCUAUAGGGCGUUUCAUUCAAAAUCGUAGGCGUACCCAAUUUUUUACCGCCUAUUUGCCGAAAGGCCAAACGCAGAAACGCCAUUCACAUGAAAGCAAAAAACGGUAGCGCGUCUUUCUCCGACAACGUUAAUACUUCAUGACAAUCUGGACAAACAAUAUCGGCGAGAGCGUUUGGAUAUCAAUGGGCAUGCAGUAAUAAAGAAAAGAAAAACACUUUUGAAAAAAUGAAAAAUGAAACCAGAUCACCGCAGUGCGGGGGUAUACGUUGUUGUCUGAUGGAGCAUCGACACGUCAACAAAUCAUUCAUUUUUAGCAAACCGACCACACACGGACACACACGUUUGGCUGCGAUCACAAACUCAUUGUUUCCUUUUUUUUUAACCUCCUUCUCCAGAACACUCGUGUUUAACAUUUUAGGUAAUCGAGUCUCAAGCAAUGCGCACGUAACACCGGUCAUACGGGCCACUGUCGCUGCCUUCGCAACAGCUUCCUGUGAUGAAAGUAAAACGUUUGUUGAGCGGCGGCUGUUCUUUUUUCAUUUUUUUUUCUUUUCCUUCGUACGCCUCAGCAUGGACCAAUAAGAGCGAGCUUCGAUCGGCCAUCUAGACAGAUGCGCGAGCGGAAGAUGCGAAGCUCUUGCUUAUAGAAGAAAAAAAAAGAAAAAAGAAAAAAAAAGACGAGGGACACGCAGUGAUGCACAGCGCGUAACCACACACACGAGCACAUCUCAGUACACCGCGAGUUCCGAGAGCGAGUCAUUGUGUAACGUCUAGUCAGCCAACGUAGGGACGAAACGCGUAUUAUAGUAUAAGCUACAUAUAUGUAUUACGUGUAACGAAUAGGCUUGUCAACGAGUGACAUUCUAAUUUCUGCAGCAUAUAUACUUAGCGCAGGACUCCUCAAGGUCGGAAGGGAAAAAAAAAAAGGAGAACAGGGCGAAAGUGCGAGAAAGAGAGAAAGGAGGAACACAGUCAAAACUUCCGUUGUCUUGUACUGUACAUAGCACAUCGAGCACAUCACCGCACCACACAGCUUGUCAAACACGUCGCAUUAUUAUACGUUGCGUGCGCUGGCAGCAGGGAAGCGCAUUGCGCGGCGACCGCGGGCCAAUGACGAUGCUCGAAUCGGGCUUUUGUUAUAAGAGCGUCGGGAAACGCAUCUCCGCCAUUCAAAACACCGUAGGCGAGAGAAUAAUUAAGAACGGUACAUACGUGUACAGCAUUUGUCCAAAGUAGUACACAAACCGUGCCACGUACGUGUGGAUAAGUGCUGCCUCCGCGAGUUUAUGUAAUGGGGUUUACGAAGCACUUAAAGAUAAUGAAAGACCAGGAUAGAAAAGAAACGCGCUCCAUAGCAUGCCUUCGCAACCUCGGAUCCUCUAAAGAAAAUGUGACUACUGGGAAGAGAAACCCGAUAGGAAGAUUAAGCUCUUUAUGAAAAUUUGGCCUUUCUCUUAUUUUUCAAACCACCGGGUAUGUUACAACUACGACCCAUCGUGCAGCUUUGAUCACGCGGUGACCAGCCUGUAUAGAGCUCGUAAACUAAACAUGUUAAAUAACCACUCCCAUAACAUAGAGAGGAGCGCCUUUAUCUUAUCCAGCUGUUUCCACCGGCACUAUAGCUGAUGAAGGUGCGAUUGUUAGAGCUCUUCGUGUGGUAUCCGUAACGUCGCGUGAAAGUAAUCACUAUUUGUGAUUAAUGCCCCGCCUCGGAGCUAUAGAGGAACUUUUUAUAAACCACUGAAGUUGGGCUUCCGCGCUUCGCCGUGGCGUCAGCAAAGGACGCGCCGCCACGGUCACGUGACUUACCUAGUACGACCACAAUAGAAGGCAGGUCGUACGGCAUCACAAUGCGGCUCCCUCUAGCGCACGCAAUCUGGUGUACACCGCAAUCUCACGUACGAACGCCAGGCGCACGCCUUCGCGAUUAACUCUGCAAUUGUAGAGCAGGCAGAAGCACUCUAGCAGCGUCGAAAAUCACCAUCAGAAAAAAAAUUAUCGCCUCAUCGCGCACCUCAUCACCAUCCUAACAUGACGUCACGUCACGUUGCAAAAGGAAAAAAAAAAAGCUGAACAAAAAUCGCGGGCACGUCAAAAGAAUGUUAGAUAUAGUUAGAAAGCACAAAGCCCACGGCAGUUGAAGAAUAGGUCGCAGAGGCCUCGUCUCCUUGAAGGCAGACAGCAGGAUGCGCUGUCACUACUUACAAAUGAGCGGUUCCCAUCGCACACCCACACCAUAGGCCUCUGCCGUUUUCUCCACACAGCACGUGGCUAUCGAAAACGCAUUGUGCGUACCGAUGUGACACCGUUGCGAACCGGUUCUAAGCCAUAUAAGAGUGCCGCUGGAGCUUUUGCGUCUCAGACUGAUGUUCAGCUGAAUUGGUUGGGCCUUGGGGAUUAGCAACGAAGCAAGUGCACCAGCCGGCAGAGAAAUGCGAGAGAUAUCUUAUCUUUCCUCGUAUCAUUCGUUCUUGAGUGCAGAUAGUAAGUCAUUCCCUGUACGACGUACGGCUGACAAGGCUGUAUAUUCAACAUUACUGAUUACGUUAGAUCACGAGUAAACAUUAGGGAAUAAUAAAUGUGAAAUGUAUUCUACGAACGUCUGUGAGAGUGACAGAAGGUGGCGUAUGAAAAGUAUAUAUAUAUAUAUAUAUAUAUAUAUAUAUAUAUAUAUAUAUAUAUAUAUAUAUAUAUAUAUAUAUAUAUAUAUAUAUAGGAAGUAAGGUAAGAAUCGUCACGAAUGGUCUCCUUUUUAAGAAAAUAACGCAGAAAACGUAAAAUAAUAUUAUAAUUUUGGAUGGUGUAAGAACAUUAACAUGCGAUGACCUCAAGAAAACAGCACAGCUCUCUUAUUCCUGUGUUUGAAGGUGUGCCUCAGGUUUGCAACCUCAAACUAAACGCUUGAGCAUCAGUCCGCGGCGCAUGAGGAUCUGGCAGCGACACGGAUCGGGUUUUGCGCAUGGCUUGUUACGCUUCUGCGCCUAACGCUGCUGGGCAGCCAAGCCAGAUACGAUUAGCCGACGCUCUAGCGCUUCUUUCUACAUCCUAUAAGCUCGUACGAAGCACAAACUGUAAAUUAACGACAAUAAUAACCACAUUUCUAAGCUUCGGGAAAAUGAUACAUCACGUGUCGCGAACGGAAAUCGGGCACAACGAUACCAUUACCAUCCCUCCCUUUUCCCAUGAGGAUUUCGACCAAUGAGAACAGCCGUACUUAGGAAAUGGGCUCUAAGUGCUCGCCAAAUAAGCGAGUUUUGUCAGCUAAGACUGGCUCGCCGGCGGUAGAGCCGCAAACUUCUGGAAAGAGACAAGCGCAGCGAUGUGGCGAGACAUGUCGUGCUGCGCCCCGUGGCCUUCAAGAUUGUCGGCAAAAGCACUGCGUCACGCCGAUGAUCCCGGAGGCCAGUGCAGCGCAGCAGACGGGCAUACGGCGAAAGCCGUCGUCUGCCAGUCCAGGAUCGCCACACGUGUCCCGACCAAGGAGGUUGAUCCCGAAAGCGCCGAUAACGAGGGUUGGCACCAACCAGGUGCGGAAGAAAAAAAACGACACCUAACCUUUCCCGCAGUUUUCCCUCCUCCUACAAGCCUGCAGACACCACCGUUAUAUAAGAGGCUCGGAACCCGCGGCAACAGACCGAUACGUAUACCGACAGCGACAUGACGAACUGGAACAGACACUCCCGGACCUCUGAUUGCUCUUAUACGUAGGCGACCCUUCCAGAACGAAGUACUCCCUCUUUAGAGCCCCGUCGUUCCUUUCCUUUCAGACUUCUAAAGCGAGAGAGAGAAAACGAGAAGGCGUGUGCAUCACGUCGAACGCGAAUGCUCUGCGCGAUGAACACGCUGAACACGAAAAGGGACGAAAUGCGGGUGUCUACGCAUGUUAUACAGAGAUGUUGCGCGCUUCCGAAAGCAAUAUAGUCGAGCGAGAGGCAGAGAAAAGGGGGCUCCGACAAGAUGUGCGCGUACCUUUUCUGAAAACCACGGAAGCGGGUGUUUCGCUGUUGCGAACUUAAAAAAAAAAAAAUGUUUCUGCGCGGCCGACAAGAUGAGACCGCGACAUGGCAUAUACACUGGUGCGGAUGUACACGCGAAUGGUGUGUGACCAGGGUCCGUGCACGAAAUAGAAAAUGAAAAAGAGAGAGAGAAAGAGAGAGAAAUGGAUGGAACUGUUCUCCUCCGCAGGACUCGAAGACUGUGAUCGCGGACACGCAAAAGAAGAAGGGGAGAAAAAAAAAAAAAAGCGUGGUGGUGUGUGUGUGCGCGCGCGCUCUACGAAAUAGAAAACUUCCGAGAGCCGUCGCUGCGGCUCUACCGAGUGUAAAUAGUAAUCAAUAGCAAUAUGCAAGACGAAACCCAUAACUAAGUUUUAGCUAAGAAAAAGAACUACUACUAACUAGGAAUUGAGAGAAAGCCAUAGAAGUUAGCAGCGUGGAAACAAAGCAGUGCUCCUUUAUCUAAAACCAUAGAGAAUCAAGUUACACCGCUUGAAAUUGUACCUUAUUUUUGUAUAGUGAAAUAAGAGAAUAAAAUUAAGCGAACACGGUUGCGCGAGCGUAAUGAACGUGCAAGCGUUGUACUGCGCUCAUGUUUUUUUUUUUUUUUUUUUUAAUAUGUCGUUACUGUUACGUUGCAUACGUUGUAUCUAUUAGCUGUUUCGUUUCUCGAUGUCAUUACAUAUGUGUAUAUGCUGUUGGCAAUAAAGGUAUAUGCGGCUUGUUGCGGGUUUGUCCAUGAUGGCGAUUUCCAGGUUGCGCGGAUCGUUUGUCCAAGCCUUUGUCGUUUUCCUAUCUCUUUGAUUCUUUUUUAAUUUUGUUAUCACACCAUAUUCUCAUGGUAUAUUGCUCUUAUUUGGUGCCAUUCACGAAGGCACGAACCUUACGCGCGAGUGUUGAGCAAAGAGAAGGCGUUUAUAGGAAGUGCAAUCGAGCAUUGUUGAAGAUUCCACAGUGAGCAUGUACCGACCUGAUUUGUUUGUUCGUUCAUGUGAGAUUUCCUAUUAAAGCGUUUUGUAGAAGCUGU